GCAAGUACACACAUAUAGUGCCAUUCCACUUUGAAAUAUUAGAAGCUAGCCAUAAAAUGGCACUAAUAGGAUUAGGAUACAUUGAAAUUCUCCUAGCAAUAUUAUGUUUUUUCUUGUUUUAUUUCUUUAGGGAUUCAAAAUAUCCGAUAAAUUGGCCGAUUUUCGGUAUGCUCCCAGGGGCUUUGUACCAUAUACAACAAAUCCAUGAAAGGUGUACUAUGACAAUGAGAGCCUCAGGGGGAACUUUUUUAUUUAAAGGUCCCUGGUUUGCAAAUAUGGACAUGUUGUCAACAGUUGAUCCAGCCAAUGUGCAUUACAUAAUGAGUGCAAAUUUCAUGAAUUUUCCAAAAGGGCCAAAAUUUAAAGAGAUGUUUGAUGUUUUAGGAAAUGGGAUUUUCAACGCGGACUUGGAUAUGUGGAAGAUUCAGAGGAAGACAACUCGUGCUCUCAUCACUCAUCAACAAUUUUACAAGUUUUUAGUCAAGACUAGUCGCGAUAAGGUAGAAAAAGGGCUAAUUCCUGUGCUUGAUUAUAUAUGUGACAAAGGUUCUAUAGUGGAUUUGCAAGAUUUGUUCCAAAGGUUCACUUUUGAUACUACUUGUAUUUUGGUCACUGGAUAUGAUCCUGGAUGUGUAUCUAUAGAUUUCCCUGAUGUUCCUUUCUCGAAAGCUAUGGAUGAUGCUGAAGAAGCCAUUCUUUUCCGCCAUGCAUUGCCCGAGAUUAUUUGGAAAUUACAAAGAUGGCUUAGAAUUGGAGAGGAAAAGAAGUUGAUUAGAGCUCGCGAAACAUUGGACUAUACUAUAAGUAAAUACAUAUACAAGAAGCGCGGAGAGUUGAAGGAAGGAGAAAAUGUGAAAGAAAGUGAAGAGGGAUUUGAUCUUUUGACAUUUUAUCUCAAGGAAGAAGAGAAUUUGGGAGUGAAAUGUGAUGACAAGUACUUAAGGGACACCAUAUUGAAUCUUAUGAUAGCAGGGCGCGACACGACUAGCUCUGCUCUCACAUGGUUUAUUUGGCUUGUGUCAACAAAUCCACAAGUGGAGGAGAAGAUUAGAGAUGAAAUCAACUCUAUUAUUACCAAAGAAGAAGUUGGAAAAUGGAGGCUUUUUAAUGUUCAAGAAUUGAACAAGCUUGUUUACUUACAUGGCGCGUUGUGUGAUUCGUUAAGGCUAUAUCCACCAGUUCCAUUCCAACACAAAGAGCCACUUGAGAAUGACAUUCUCCCGAGUGGUCACAAAGUUCAUCCAAAGUUAAAGAUAAUGUUUUCGUUGUAUGCAAUGGGAAGAAUGGAAACGAUAUGGGGGAAAGAUUGCUUGGAAUUUAAGCCAGAGAGAUGGAUUUCAGACAGAGGAACUAUUAAGCACGAGCCGUCGUACAAAUUCUUGUCUUUUAAUGCUGGACCAAGAACUUGUCUUGGAAAAGAAGUGGCUUUCACUCAAAUGAAGGCUGUAGCUGCUGCUAUUAUUCACAAUUAUCAAGUUGAACUUGUAAAAGGACACCCUAUUGAACCCAAUGCUUCUAUAAUUCUCUACAUGAGACAUGGUUUUAAAGUUAGGAUUAGUAGAAGGUGGCCUUGAUAUUAAGGACAUGCAAUAUAUGUUGUGCAUCAAAUAUAUGUAAUGUUUUGUUUGUUUGCCUGCUAAUAUCUUUUUGUUAAUUACAUUUAGGCAUGUAAAAUUUCUUUAAUGAAUUUAAUUAAUUGUUCUAUGU